AUGAACACUUCUGCGUUCGUCAACAUCACCGUACUGAACGUUAACGAUUGGGAUCCGAGAUUCCGAUACCCACAAUACGAGUUUUAUGUGCCAGAUAUAUCUUUAUCUCAAUUGCUACCGGGUACGGUGGUUGGUAAGGUGGAAGCUGCAGAUGGUGAUCGUGGCGAUCGUGUUACUUUAGCACUUCGAGGACCGGAAUCUAGAAUGUUUGCUAUUGAAGAUUCGGGAGACAUUGUACUGGGUGAUUUAUCAGAUCUUAAUACUUCCACGGCACAUCUAGUUGCUGUAGCUACAGACACUGGAAUUCCUCCGAGACAAGCUUCGGUGCCCGUCAUUGUACAUUUGCCAGACACGAUUGUCAGGUUUGCUGGUCGGACAUCUGCUAAUAGCUAUACAGUGUUCGUGAUAUUUGGAGUUAUUUUGGGCGUCCUCAGCUUAGUUAUAAUAGCAUUGAUCGUUCAUAUUCAAAAAAACAAACAACCGAAACUUGGCACUGCUACGAAUUUCGACGUUCGCACUAAGUUUGAAGGUUUUAAACGUACCAAUCCAAUAUAUGACGAAAAACGUUUAGUUGGAGUCGGCACCAAAAUGCAAAACCCAUUAUUCAAUCCAAAAGAAGACUCUGCCGAUCCUUUAUACACUGCGACAGUUAAAACAACCAGAAUGUUUCCUGGAACAACUAAUGGAAAUGGUCGAGCCAAAAUGGGAGCAGUACAGCAAACACUUCCUAGAUCUAGGCACAAGUUUCCUGCACCGGCUCCACCUCAAGUACCCAGGGGUGGUGGAGGUGGUGGCCGAUCACCUGCAGGUUCUUCAACCACUACGACCACAGCCACGCCAAGUCCAGUGAGCAGAUUUUCCAGAAUGCCCCAUUGGCCCACCGAGGCUAUCCCUAAACGUGUUAAGAAGCUCAGCUGGGAUGAUCGUAAUUCGUGUGCCCACAUGACGGUAUGUAAAAUAAAUCACAAUUAG